CACACGGUCAAUAUUGCAAGUACUACUAGAUCAUGACAAUGAAUUGGAACGCUCUGUAACUCCGUUUGUCAAGUAUAUUGAUAAAAUAUUGACAAUGAAGUGUACUCCAGUCCCAAUAUCAAAUCUACCGAGAAUCACAGAUGAGGAGCUCAACAAUGAAAUCGUGGAGUUAACUAAUAAAGCGAGACGACUACCAGAAUCAGAUCCCAUGGAGGUGACAACCCAACCAUUGACGCAAACCAAUGGCCAGAAGGAAACAUCUUGGAAAUUAUAUGACAUUACUGGUUGGAAACCCUGUCCAAUUGGGUGUCUACCCGAUGGAUACAUCCCUUCUCUUGAAUUAUCAGUCACAACUAAUGAGAAUACGGAUGACAUGGACAACG